AAGUUAACUCCAGGAUCCUGGAUCUGCCCUCCCCGCUCUCCCGAAGCUGUUCGGGCAGUGUCCGGACUUCAUCGGAGGGGGCUAGAAUCCGGCGUCUGCCUCUUCAUCCCCAGUAUCGCCCUGCCUGACGCACGCGUGCUGACAGGGGAGGGGAAAGGGGAAAGCUUCUCUCGCACAUAGCUCGCGGUCAGGGCACCCGGGAGGAGAUGCCCGGCCAGGGUCCAGUGUCCGAGUGGACGGAGUGCAGUUCUUCCACAGAGCCGCCCACAGUGGCCAGGGCCGAGGGUGGCGGCGGCGGAUCAGCUGGAUAUUAUUACCAGAAUUCCAAAGAUAUUGAUAAAUUCAAAGAUGGACACAAAAUGAACUCACACAUAACCAAGCUGCAAGAGUUAUGGAAAACGCCUCAAGUUCAAACAAUUCACAUCCCUAAGUCAAUGACAGAGACAUCCUUUCUAAAGCAUCCAGACCUCACCUUAGGCCAGAAGCGUUACCUGUGCAGUAUUGCUAAGAUCUAUAAUGCAAACUAUCUGAGGAUGUUAAUGAAGAGGCAGUACAUGCAUGUGACCCAGCACAGCUCACAAAAACCAGGUGUCCUCACUCAUCACAGGAGCCACCUCAGUUCUCGUUACUCACAGAAGCAGCAUUACCCCUGCACUACAUGGCGACACCAGCUGGAGAGAGAGGACUCGGGGCCUUCUAACAUUGCAGCUGCAUCUGCGCCUGAGAUGAUCAUACAGCAUUCCCUUUGGCGACCAGUGAGAAACAAAGAAGGUUUAAAAACUGGAUAUGCAUCUAAAACAAGAUGUAAGUCACUGAAGAUUUUUAGAAAACCAGGCAGACUGUUCAUCCAAUCAGUGUCUACAAAUGAUUCUGAAUCAUACAUGAAUGAAGAAAAAAAGGAAGACGAUUUGCUAAAUAAGUGUAUGCAAUCAAUGUCAAUUGAAGAACAGGGAGAACAUCUGAUGCUAACUUGACAAUCUUGUCUUGAGUAUUGGUGAUGUGCCAAAGGUGGGGGGAAGGGAUUGUGAAUUGUGUCCUCUCUCUACAUUUAGGAUAGUAUUGUUAUUCACCACUAAGUCAUUAAGUAAUUUUAGUUUGUUCAGAAACUUUUACUAUCAUGUAAAUGGUUUGAUGUAGUUCCAUGUACCGAUGAUAUUUGUGUAAUAAAAUUUGUGUGAAAUAUAUGCGUGUAGUCCUAGCUAGGUACAAUUAAAAUUCUUCUUGUCACCUAAAA